AUGAGCAACUCUAUUUUCAGCAGAUGGUCUCCCCACCAGAGACCACUCUCAGAUUACAGACUAUCGUUUCGAAACUCUAAGACAUCGCCAGAAUCAACAGAGUUAUCAGUCCAAACCCAGUCACAGCAACCCGAACGCUCAGUCGAGACCACAAAUCUCGAGACCACAGAAAGGUCCCUCAACCCCAGCACCCUACAAGCCUGGCUACAAGUCAUCGUUAACUUCCUUGUAAUGAUGAACUCCUUCGGCCUCAUCCAAUCCUUCGGCAUCUUCCAGCUCCCCUACGAAAUCAGCCUCAAAUCUGCCCCUUCAACGGUCGCAUGGAUCGGCAGCGUGCACAUCUUCUUCGUCUACUUCCUCGGCACCUUCUCCGGCUGGGCCCUCGACCACGGCUGGUACAAACGCCUUCUCGUCCUCGGCAGCAUCUUCCAGAUCGUCGGCCUCAUCGCCGCAGGCUACAGCGACUCGUUCGUCAAAGCUUUCUUCUUCCACGGCGUGUUCCAGGGCAUCGGGCAUGGCCUCAUGUUUUGCCCGGCAGUGACCAUGACAGCUGUUUUCUUCGAGGGGUCAAGGAGUAAAAUGACGGCGCUGGGGAUCGCGGGAUGUGGCGCGUCGUUUGGUGGUAUCAUUUUUCCGCUCAUCGCCAGAUACACGAUUAUCACGAAGGGGAUUAGCUUUACAAUGUGGAUCAUGUGCUGCGUUGUGUCCUUCACUUCCAUCCUCAUUGUCCUCCUCGCUCGCACUGGUCCCAGUCGCAAAUACUCUGCUGCCAGCGACGAUAGCAGGACUAGCAAAAAGCGUAUUGUCGACUGGCAUGCGUUCAAAGAGCCCACAUACGCGCUCUACGUCAUCGCUAUGUUCUUCGUCUUUGUAGGCCUGUGGAUUCCUUUCUUCUACAUCCGCGAAUUCAGCGCAGAUGCUCUGCACGUGUCCAAGUCCGAGUCGUUCAUCAUGCUGAUCAUCCUCAACGCCGCGGGAAUUCCUGGUCGUAUUGUCCCAGCCCUGUUCGCUGAUUUGUUAAUCGGCACGCUCAAUAUGUACAUCAUCACGCUCUUGCUUACCAGCGCGAUAUUGUUGUUCUGGCCCCUUGUCAGCACUGAGGUGGGAAUGUUUGGCUGGACGGCUGCGUAUGGAUUCGGCGCUGCUGGCGUUUCUUCACUUCUGCAAGCUGGCCUUACAUCGAUCAAUGAUGAGCCUACGAAAACAGGGCAGAAGAUUGGAAUGGCAUUUACGGUUGUAGGAUUCGCGUCGCUAGUGGGCGGUCCGAUCGGUGGCGAGCUGAUUCGGAUUGGUGAGGAGACAAGGGUUGCUGGACCUGAGGCGUUUUUGAUCAAGGUAUGA